AGCACUAUCGGGUUUGUCUCUCGCUAUCGGACUACAAGUAGCAUCGAAAAGUGGUGUCGUGUAAUUUACAGUCGGAAAUUAACAUUUUCUAUCGCGAUAAUACGAUCGAAAUACGAUCGAUCCCGAUAGAAAUCGGUAACGGAUACGUUGUCGUUCGUCGUCGUAGCACGAAGGGACUUUUCGAUCGUUCAACAAGUAGAAUUAACGAGGUAGAAUGUUUGGAGUAACGUACCGAAUGGUUAUUUCAUGUAAUUCUAAAAGGAAAGCCAUCGACGGGAAAAAUGACUGUUAGCUUCGAUGCGAAGUCAAACUCUUGCUGUGCGAGUUAAAAAAGUGAUCAAUUCUCCUUUAGGAAGGUGACCGAGAUUCGGAAAUGACGAAUGACAAUAUUUGGGGUGAAUAUUUUUUAGAGAACAUCAGCAGCGAUUACGCACACCUCAACAAAUCUGAAUAUUUGAAUGUAAUUCUGGGUCCUAAAUACUUGCCCCUGAGCAUGGUGUUGCCCAUCACCCUGGUCUAUGUCGUUAUAUUUGUAAGCGGUGUCGUUGGCAAUAUAACCACUUGCAUCGUCAUCCGAAAGCAUCCUAACAUGCAGACGACGCCAAACUGUUAUUUGUUCAAUUUGGCGGUAUCCGAUCUGUUGCUUUUAAUAACGGGCAUACCAACAGAGUUGAGUACACUUUGGGAACAGUAUCCGUGGAAAUGGGGAUUAAUUGUAUGCAAAUUGCGGAUGUUCUUUGCUGAAACGUCCUAUUACGUAUCGGUAUUAACAAUAGUGGCAUUUUCAUUAGAAAGGUAUUCGGCGAUCUGUUAUCCGCUUCGUCGUUAUGCGAGUGGAGUUAAGGUUCCUAUACGAAUUAUAUUGGCUACAUGGCUAGCAGCUUUCGUUUUUGCCGUGCCAUUCGGUAUUUUUACCACCGUUAUUUACAUCGAGUAUCCACCAGAAUCGAGAGAAUACCUGGAGGAUUCUGCUUUUUGCAAUAUCGUAAUUUUACCCUUUCUGCUAAUCGAACUUUACUGUUGCUUCUUCUUCCUUCUACCGAUGGCGUUUAUGGUGGUGAUUUACGUGCAAAUAGGGUUGCGAAUACGAAGUAGCAGCCUAGAGCAGACCGUCGAAGGAUCGGUUCACGGGGAGACUAAGCAAGCUCAAUCACGGACAGCUAUCAUUCGGGUGCUCAGUGCUGUCGUGGUAGCAUUUUUCAUCUGCUGGGCGCCGUUUCACACUCAACGACUGUUAUACACGUAUCGGGAACAAAUUCCAUCGUUCUCUAGUAUAAACGACUGGCUUUAUCCACUCGGUGGUUGUCUCUACUACAUCAGUACAGUCAUAAAUCUGAUCCUGUAUAAUGCGAUGAGCACGAAAUACCGAAACGCGUUUAAAGAGACACUUUGCUGUUACCCAAGCAGACCUUCCAUUACAAGGGUCGACAUGAGUAGCGCGAGAAACUCGAGCACGGUUUGCGGUGUUGGAUCCAAGGCGGGAUACCAGGUGUUUCGCGGAAGGAACACGAAUUACCAGCACAGCAUCAAAGAAAACGCAUCGUGCCAAGCUGAAAGCGGUUUACGCGCGGCGGACCAAUUACAAUCGAACAACGAAGAGGAAAAGAAACGGCGUAUCGCAGGAACGAACGAUUCGUCGAUAAAUAAUAAAGAUAUCGACGAGAUCGAUGCUGAAUCUUUACCACGGGUACCAAAGAAAUCGUCGCUCCUCGUGCAUGCAAAGAACGGACGUGUGAGACAUCAGACGGGAACCACAUCGAACGAGACACAUAUCUGAUCGUUAAAUAAAAUGACAAACGCGUUUCUGGUCGUUAAGUGUCACGAUUGUGUGAAAACGCGCGUAUAAUUGACUAUUAAACUGUUUGAUACUUUCGAAGCUGGAAGAUUGAAAGGAGCAACGUUGCAGUUAAUUUAUAAUAACGUUAUUUCGAUAACAUCGCACGCUGUAAACCGUUAAGACGCUGGAUACCCUUUCAAGCAAAACAAGCUUCUAAUCCCUGACUUAUCCUGUCAAGGGAAAGGGUUUACGUACCCCGAAGUUCUUACCGGGCUUAGAACUCACGGAAAAACUCGACUUCACAUACGUGCCAGGAUCGAUCGAAGAUACUGAACGUCUCGAGUACUUCCACGUUUGAAGUGGUUACAGAAAUUUACGGAGGAGCAUGGUUUACAAAUUUACAAGACGAGUUUCUUCUCGAAACAAACUGUACGGUAAGUCAAAUAACUAGGUUUAAACGUGAAAUAUUUCUCGAAGAAAAUGAAUUAAAUUCUUUUAUAAGAUUCUCACGUGUUAUGUGUUACAAUUAUUUUUCAUCCGUAAUCGUUAUUAGUGGAAUCGUCGUCACGAAUUCCGGUUUACUUUUGUAACCAGAAAGAGAUUCUCGAACGAAUUGUUCAAGGACAGUAGAUGCCCAAACACGCGCAAAAACGACCAAGCGAAUCUAUACAAAUUUUUAUUGGUAUGCGUAGGAAAAUAUAGUAAAUUCAUAAGUAUGAAAAAUUCAGCGAUUGUAAGAUUUAAAUGAAGAAUGUAAUUGCGUUUGCUUUUUGAUACCGAACUACGUAAUACAAGAGUCUUUCGUAGUUUGCGAAUUUCCGA